GACUGGUGGGAGGACGUCGACUCUGACUGCAGCGCAUUGCAAUGCAGAGAGGGAGAAUGCGAUGCCUGUGUGAGCUGCAUGCCUGAAGCCCACAGCAGCAGCAGCAGCAGCAGCAGCCUCCUGUGCGGACAGGGAGCAGGGAGGUACUGGUGGAGUUUAUGCGCACACACCUCUGGCCGCUGCUACCGAAGAGGGCCGAGGUGUCUCUGCAGCGCCGCAGCAGCUUUUCAGAGGGAUACCGUCUCGAUACGUGACUUCGAGCCCAAAGCUGCCCUGGCUCGGGAUCUGAGAGGGAGGGGGGCCCUACCGCGGCACCCCGCCCGUCCCGCCUCAUUUGGACUGCAGGGAUAACGACCUAAACCGUGAUAUCCCCGCGCAGAAAGCACCGAGCAGGUGUUGGUGGCAGCGCUGUCAUCAUCCGUACACCGUUCUCUUCCAUCCCGCACCUCUGCGCCAAAGGGUCCCAUUUUCAUUGGACAGCAUGAAAUGUGAGUGGCGAAGAUUACUGUUGUUGGAUAUCUUCUACUUCAACAGUUCUGAUAUGAUGCAAGGAUCAGAAGGGCCGAUAAGAGGAGCCUCUAUGGAGAAGGAAUCAACACAUUAUUUCUAAAGUUUCCUCAUGUUUCCAGGCAUGAUGGCCUCUUCAAACCAGCUCUCACAGUUUAGGAUUUAGGGUUUAAGAUUAGUCUGCGGGGAUGAAUCAGUAAAAUGUGUCUUAACAUUGCCAACCAGCCCAAUCGAUAAGAAGGUCCUACCCAUCUCUGCCUCUUUUCGGGCUGUUUCCAACAGUUUUUACUUCUUGUUGCUGUCUCCUUACCAAUCGCCAAACAUGCGUCCUUCCCUCGCCACAGCAGUCCUACCGCCCAGGACCCGAUCCCACAAUCCACCCAACCUCUCAGUGGGGGGCCGCGAACACCUGUCGGCUCCACGAAGGCGUAGCCCCCACCUCCGGCACACCCUUAGCCCCGAGAACUUGCGAGCUCUGGCAGAGAGGGGCGGGGCUGCCGUUGAUACAGUCUCCGUUAUCAGCAGUCCUAUUGGGCUUCCCCGGGCUAACAGUGACACAGAUCUGGUGACCUCCCAGAGCCGGUCUUCGCUAACAGCGUCCACUCUGGAGUACACGCUGAAUCGCGGCCAGAACCUUGUCAUAUCCUGGGACAUCAAGGAGGAAGUGGAUGCCACUGACUGGAUCGGGCUGUACCACAUUGAUGAAACCAGUCCGUCCAACGUGUGGGACUGUAAGAACCGAGGAGUGAAUGGCACCCAGAAGGGUCAGAUUGUUUGGAGACUGGAGCCCGGGCCCUACUUUAUGGAGCCUGAGACUAAGAUCUGUUUCAAGUACUACCAUGGAGUGAGUGGCGCCCUGAGAGCCACGACCCCGUGCAUCACUGUGAAGAACCCUGCAGUCCUGGUGGAGGGCCUGGCAGAGCAGGUUGGCAUCGAACAUCCACGCAAACUGAUCAGCUUCACUUUAACGGAUUUGCGGGCCACUGGUCUGAAGAAGGGCAUGUUUUUCAAUCCGGACCCGUACCUGAAGAUGUCCAUCCACCCAGGGAAGAGGAGCGUCUUCCCCAUCUUCAGCCACCACGGACAGGAACGACGAUCAGCCAUCAUUGCUAACACCACCAAUCCCGUCUGGCAUGGAGAGAAAUACACGUUUGUAGCACUAAUGACAGACAUCCUGUACAUUGAGGUGAAGGACAAGUUUGCCAAGAGUCGACCGAUCAUCAAACGCUUCCUCGGUCAGCUCACUAUCCCUGUGCAGAGACUUAUUGAAAAAAUACCAGGAGUCCAGCCUGUGAGUUUCCCCCUGUGUCGGCGCCUGCCUACUGAACAUGUAAGCGGCCAUUUGCAGUUCAAGGUGGAGCUCACAUCGACUGGGCCUGAUGGUGCCUCUCCUGAGUCAAUCAUUGGCAUUUCGUCCCUAAAUGGAGCUCCAGGGACUCCCUCUGAUGAUGAAGACCUGCCCCAUCAUCUUCCAGGAGUGGUCUCUUCUGGCCCUUCCCCUACUGGCUCCCAGGGCUCCCAAAGCAUGUGGGAAGGUGGGGCCACGGCCUACCCAGAAAAGGACUUGCCUCUUGUUGGAGCUCAGGGUAGAUUUGUGGAGCAUGAAAGCCUGUCAUGCCAUGAAAUGCUCCAGAGGUCACUCAGUGAGGGCCUUGAUGCUAUCGAGGCCCCCAAAGGCCCCGGUGAAAGACCCCUGGGUGCGGCCUCGCCUAAACUGCGCUCCAGCUUCCCCACACACACAAGGCUCAGCGCCAUGUUGCACAUAGAUUCAGACGAAGACGAUGAGAGGUCUGGAGCCAAUGACAUCAUUCCGGUGCCACUGUCACCUCUGCUGAUGAAUGGGGUACCUCCAGAUCUCGGUGGCCCUUAUGAAGAUGAUGCGUUUACUGAGCUCAAGCAGAAGCCGGAGCAGCUGGAGCCAACAAUACUGGAAGAGGAGCCCGAGGGUGCAGGCGCUUUGACAGAAGAUGUGCACCCUGAGGCAGAGGUGGCCCUGGAGAUAGGGGCAGGUCUGGACCUGGAGGAUGUUUUGGAGCCAGAUGUCUUCUCUGAAGUGGAGGAGGCUCCUUUCACAGAGGCUGUGUCCCAUAAUGCUAUGCCAGAGGGUGAAGUACAUGAUGAAGGAAGGGGGCCUGGCGAGGACGCCUCCUCAGAGAUUGACACCUGCUCCAUGGCAACAGCCCCACAGACAGCCUUCUCAUCAUCAGAGAGCUGUCCAAUUACAGUGACAACUGCUGUGGAAGCGGAGGAAGGAGCUGAGACGGCCAUCGAUCCAGGGGGAGACGUCAUUUCUGGAACCCCACCAACUAAUCAAGCUGUAGACGAUGAAGGAGGUGGGCAGUUCGCUACCACUGAGGCUGCAGGAGAAGGUCCCCCGCCCUUCGAGCGAGAGGUGGUUGAGGAGAUCAUUGUGAGGAGGCUGAGCCUGCAGGCUGCUGGGGGCAUGGCUGAGGAACAGGAAGGGGAGGAGACAAAGCCGCACGAGGAGGCUGGCUCUGCUGAUUCAGAGCAAGCCACCACAGAAACAGAUGGAGAGGAAGGCACUCACGUUAACGGCCAUCCUGUACGUUCGCUUCCUUCUGUGCGUCAUGACAUCCACAGAUACCAACGUGUGGACGAGCCUCUACCUCCCAACUGGGAGGCUCGGAUCGACAGCCAUGGGAGGAUCUUCUUCGUGGACCACGUGAACAGAACCACCACAUGGCAGCGUCCCACCGGACCUCCUGCCCCGCAGGGCCUCACUCGCUCUAACUCCAUUCAGCAGAUGGAGCAACUCAACCGCAGGUACCAGAGCAUCAGGAGGACCAUAACAAACAGUGAUCGGGCAGAGGAAACCCCAGUUGACCUGCUUCCUGAACCAGAAAGUGAACUGUUGCCUCACUCCAUUUCUGAAUACCGACGAGAAAGUGCUGUCGCUCACUCCAGUGGUCGCUCGCGUCUCUCUCUGCUGCUCCAGUCACCCAGCGCCAAGUUCCUGUGCAGCCCCGACUUCUUCACCGUGCUGCAUUCUAACCCUAGUGCCUACCGCAUGUUUACGAGCAACACCUGCCUGAAGCACAUGAUCAGUAAGGUGCGUCGGGAUGCUCAUUACUUUGAGCGCUACCAGCACAACCGUGACCUCGUCACCUUCCUCAACAUGUUCUCCAACAAGCAGCUGGAGCUUCCCCGCGGCUGGGAGAUGAAGCACGACCACACUGGAAAGCCCUUCUUUGUGGAUCACAACUGUCGCUCCACGACCUUCAUCGACCCCCGGCUGCCCCUCCAGAGUUCUCGCUCCACUGGGCUGCUGGCCCACCGCCAGCACCUGAGCCGCCAGCGCAGCCACAGUGCUGGGGAGGUGGUGGAUGACUCUCGCCAAACCAACCCACCCGUCAUGCCCCGACCAUCCAGCACCUUCAGCGGCUCCAGUCGGAGUCAGUACCACGACGUGGUACCUGUGGCCUACAAUGACAAGAUAGUGGCGUUUCUACGGCAACCCAACAUCGUCGAGAUCCUGCAGGAAAGACAACCCGAGCUUGCCAGGAAUCACUCGCUAAAGGAGAAGGUGCAGUUUAUUCGCAGUGAAGGAGUCACUGGGCUGGCUCGCCUCUCUAGCGACGCUGACCUCGUCAUGCUGCUUAGCUUAUUUGAGGAGGAGGUGAUGUCAUAUGUACCACCGUUACUCCACCCAAGUUACUGCCUCUCGUCUCCUCAGAGCUCCCCUGGCACCCAGCGAGCUAAUGCGCGUGCUCCAGCUCCAUAUAAGAGAGAUUUUGAAGCUAAACUGAGGAACUUCUAUCGAAAGCUGGAAACCAAGGGUUAUGGACAGGGACCAGGAAAAGUCAAGCUCAUCAUACGCAGGGACCACCUCCUGGAGGACGCCUUUAACCAAAUCAUGUGUUACUCCCGGAAAGACCUACAGCGGAGUAAACUUUAUGUCAGCUUUGUGGGAGAGGACGGGCUGGACUACAGCGGACCCUCCAGAGAGUUUUUCUUCCUGGUGUCCAGAGAACUGUUUAACCCGUACUACGGCCUGUUUGAAUACUCGGCCAAUGACACGUACACUGUCCAGAUCAGCCCCAUGUCUGCCUUUGUAGACAACCACCAUGAAUGGUUUCGCUUCAGUGGGCGUAUCCUAGGCCUGGCCCUCGUCCAUCAGUAUCUGCUGGAUGCCUUCUUUACUCGACCCUUCUACAAGGGGCUUCUUCGCAUCCCAUGUGACCUCAGUGACCUGGAGUUCCUGGAUGAGGAGUUCCACCAAAGCCUGCAGUGGAUGAAAGACAAUGACAUUGAAGACAUGCUGGACCUCACUUUCACUGUCAAUGAGGAGGUCUUUGGACAGAUUACAGAGAGAGAGCUGAAGCCAGGCGGGGCUGGUAUCCCUGUGUCAGAGAAGAACAAAAAGGAGUACAUUGAGCGUAUGGUCAAGUGGCGUAUAGAGCGAGGAGUGGCCCAGCAGACGGAGAGCCUGGUCCGAGGCUUUUAUGAGGUGGUGGAUGUGCGACUUGUGUCAGUGUUUGAUGCGAGGGAGCUGGAGCUGGUGAUUGCAGGCACUGCAGAGAUUGACCUGGCAGACUGGAGAAACAACACAGAGUACAGAGGAGGUUACCAUGACAACCACAUAGUGAUUCGCUGGUUCUGGGCAGCUGUGGAGAGGUUCAACAAUGAGCAGAGGCUGAGACUGCUGCAGUUUGUGACAGGCACCUCCAGUAUUCCUUAUGAGGGAUUUGCCUCUCUUCGGGGCAGUAAUGGACCCCGCAGAUUCUGUGUUGAGAAGUGGGGGAAAAUUACCUCCUUACCCAGGGCUCACACUUGCUUUAAUCGCCUGGACCUCCCACCCUACCCCUCCUUCUCCAUGCUCUACGAGAAGCUGGUCACUGCUGUAGAGGAAACGAGCACGUUUGGCUUGGAGUAACCUCAUAUCAGCUCACGCCCGGGUUUAACUUGGGAGAGAAUCACCUGGAAAUCCACCCUUCUCACUUUGGAGAGACAUGGAAACUAAAACUAAUAUCCUCAAAUGGCAACUAACCCUCCCAGUGGACAACUCUGCUGUUUUUUUCCAACUGGCUUCUCUUCACCCAGCACACAUGCUUCGUUCCGAUUCUCUGCCUUUCUCUCAUAUAUUUAAUAGAAGUCAAUCAAGUGAACACCUUCUGGAAGAAAGGCCGAGAAUCGGAGAACAGUUUAAAAAACUGAACAGUACAAUUUCUUUUUCAGUUUUCAUGGUAACAUUUGUUCGUUGAGCCACAUGUGUGCUUUAUCUCUUCAGUUGAUGGCCUUCUUUACUGGAUUUCUAGCACCUCCCCUCCUCCUACUCCUCUUCCUCCAACCUGCACCUCAGAGACAGCUGCUCAGAAACCACUAAGCUCCCUUCUCCCUCUCUGGACCUCUAAACUGUGUCCUUUCUGCACUGGGGCUGCAACGUUAUGAACUAUAAUACACACACACUUAUCACCUUUGCACAAGACACACACACAAACAUGGAACACUUUGUUUUUAUUGAUGGUGCAAACCAGUGUUUCCCCCCAAGAUUUUUUAUCAGCAUGGAAAGAUGUGACAUUUUAGGCUUAGAAAUGGAUGUUGGCUGGUCCUCCUGUCUGUUAGAGAGCAGGGGGAACACUAGUGUGCACAAAUACACACACAAACAGAUACACAAAUUGCAUAGAACCAGUUGUUCUAAGAUUCAAAUUACACUUGUUUUCACAUUCUUGAUUCCUGAAUAAGGUGGACAGUGACUCACAAAUCAUCAGUGACACUAAUGGACAUUGACUCGUUGUGAUACUGACGGCAGGUUCUUGUCAGGACUGUUACCUUCAAAACUGCAGUCAGAGCUCUUACAGGGGCAAGAAAGGUAAAUACUCAUCUGAGACAUGCAGCACUGUUCUGCAUACACUCAAUAAGGUAUCCAGUAUAACACAUACAAACACAUGCAUACAGUGUGACAGCCUUGAUGCUGUGGGUGCACUCUCUUAUAGUGCAACAGAUGCACUCACUCCACAAUACAGAUACAUUUACUGAUACACUUCAGUCAGAUAGAAGUGCAGGGCUCCUCUCUGUCAAACAGUUCCACACAUUUAUCAUGAGCAGUAGGUGCACUUUCUCACACAGACAGAUGACAUCUACACACCAGGUCCUCCUCACUGAUGUAAUCCCCUCCCACCUAUGAAAGUGAUGAAUGUACCAAAUAAGUGACUGAAUGUAUGAACCUCAAGCGACUCUGUUCGGCCCCCUGAGGAAGAUUUCACACAGACCGGAGAGUAUACACAAAGUGGAGGGAAAGGAAAUCAAACGAGACAUGGUUGCCUGAGGGAUGAGAACGCACUUCACUCGAUUUUGGCACAGGAUUCAACCUUGUGAGCUGAAAGACACUAGCCUGGUGUCCCCCGGGUACCUGGUCAGGGUUCAGUGGUGGGAUCUUUUUAGUGCCUCUUGGGUUUUCCUGACCAUCAAGUGAAAUUUAAUAGGAUAUGUUAUUUUAUUUUCUUGUAAAAAAAAAAAAGAAAGAAAAAAAGACCAGAUCAAAGAUGGUGAAACUUAAGGAAUUGUGGUUUAAAUUCACAAAACAGAUAUCAACACAAGGGGGCAGUAAGAUGUCUUGUCAUUAUCAUGGGUCCUCUAAGAAAAGAACCAGUGAUUUCCUCCUUUCUGAAUGACCAAACCAGAUGUGACGAUAAUGUUGUCAGGAACAAGCACCAGCCCUUAGGGCUGUACGGAUACUAUACUUUAGAAUUUUUAGCAUACAAGUCCAUGCCAGGCAAUAGUUUUGUCUUAAAAGCAUGUGAUAAAACAUUUCUCUAAGUGCACGACCCAAACCCUGAGGACCCUGUCACUCACACACUUUCUUACAUGCACACAAAAACACACACACACCUUCUCGUUUUUUAUGGGGUGCAUGCAAGAUUACACCUACUGUACAGAGUCCUGUUGGAGUUACACCACAGGGGCUGGAAUAGUGCUAGACAGCCCCACAUGUGAUGUGAAAUGUGGAGGCAGACUUUCAUAUCCCAGCCCCCUCCCCCCCUACUGGUCCAACACUGCAUGCGGGAUCUUCCCGGUCAGCUCUGUGAGCUGUGCCGGGGUUGAAACCCCUAGAUGGCGUUGUGUUAUAGCUCGAUAUUGCAUGCUGAAAUAGUGCAACACACUGUCCUUACUAGCUUUUUUGCAUGAGGAUAUUGCUAUCCAUUCAGAAAAAGGGGUGAGGGAGCUGGUUAAGUUUUGUCACUUUGGUUGUGGCGCUCAUUUGGGGCAUGCAGCCUUAUGCUUACCUGGCACUGUCAUACCUGGAGUGUUAAUCUCGUGGGAACAAGGUGUGGGAAACAAAUGCUUUAGUCACUUAGUUUUAGCACUGGGAAUGGACAAUGUGUGAAUGCAGGGGUUUGUUUUCUCUGUGACAGCGUAAGGGCGAGUAUCUUGGCAGCAUGUUUCAAAAAUGUUGUUACUUUCACAUGUGCGUGUCUGCCUAUCUUAGUAAUAGGUUGAUGGUUAUGGUUCAUUGCUCAUGAAACAGUGAUGAAUCAAUAGGGCUGUUUUGAUUUUGUGAAACGUGAGAGCACAUGUAUGUGUACCAUGUGUGCAGUCCUGUUUGUCUCUUUGUAUAUAGAUGUAUAUGUAUGUCUGUCCUGUUGUGUGUAUAAAUAUAUAUUUUGCACCGAAUGUACCAAAGGUUUGGGGCUUGCAAAGUCAACCAUUAGGCCUGCUCUCAAUUUCUGUCUAACAAACACAUCCCACUUCUGGCUUCUGCCAGAUCCUACAGAGCAUCACCUCAUGUUUGCUUGAGGGGCAGAUUUGUGGCAUGGGCAACACAUUUCACAUUAGGAUAUACAUUCACUUGGUCAGUUUGACGUUUUCCAUAAUGAGGCUUUUCUGCUGCAGAAGACUGGUAAGAUUAAUUACUUGCUUCACAUCCAGAUGAAGACAGUUGCACCUCUUGUCUUUCCUAGUACAUUUCUGACAGGACAUGGCUCCGGUUUUCAGAAUUCCACUCUAUGCAAAGCUCCUGUAUGUGUGUCUCCAUUUCACCCCAAUGAUUGUAAUAAAAGAGAACAAAUGGCAAA